AUGGCCGAGAAACGGCGCUCGCCGUGCGCGCUCAGCGUCAAGGCGCACGCCUUCUCGGUGGAGGCGCUCAUCGGGGUGGAGAAGAGGCGCAGGACGGCCGGGGAAGGCGCGACGUCGCCCGGCUACGAUGUCCCGAGAACGCCGGCCAGUCCCGAACCUCCGGCGGCGACCAGGGCUCACAGCAGCGAGGCGGACUAUGCCAGCGACGGAUCCCAGAGCGAAGAUGCGCUCGUGUUGAGCCCGCAGCCCGCAGCCGUUUGCGGGAGCGAGGACCCACGCGUGGAGCUCCAGGGCUCGGACCUGUGGAAACGCUUCCACGAGAUCGGCACGGAGAUGAUCAUCACUAAGGCUGGAAGGCGGAUGUUCCCUGCUAUGCGUGUGAAAAUGUCCGGGUUGGACCCACACCAACAGUAUUACAUCGCCAUGGAUAUCAUCCCCGUGGACAACAAACGAUACAGGUACGUGUAUCAUAGCUCCAAGUGGAUGGUGGCCGGCAACGCCGACUCACCGGUACCACCCCGGGUCUACAUCCAUCCGGACUCGCCCGCUUCCGGGGAGACGUGGAUGCGACAGGUGGUCAGCUUUGACAAACUCAAGCUCACCAAUAACGAGCUCGACGACCAGGGACAUAUAAUCCUGCACUCUAUGCACAAGUACCAGCCGCGGGUGCAUGUUAUCCGAAAGGAGUGCGGCGAGGAGUUGUCCCCCGUGAAGGCCGUACCUGCCGGGGAGGGCAGUCGAACCUUCUCCUUCCCUGAGACCGUCUUCACCACUGUCACGGCGUACCAAAACCAACAGAUAACGAGACUGAAAAUCGACAGAAACCCUUUUGCUAAAGGCUUCAGAGACUCUGGUAGGAAUCGGAUGGGUCUGGAAGCCCUGGUGGAGUCGUACGCCUUCUGGCGGCCGUCGUUACGGACGCUCACCUUUGACGACAUCCCCGGCAUGGCCAAACAAGGAGUCCCGGGAACCCACGGAGGUGUCGGCGCAUCAGCACACCUGCUCUCGCCUUCGCCGUGCUCGUCACCCUUCCAGGUGUGCCCCCUGAGCCCGAGCGACUUCACCUGUAGCCGUCCGACCCUCCCACUCCACCGCUACGCCACCCCUACGGAGCCGUUCCAGCCACCACGUGGCCCGGCGUCCUUCGAGAGUGACACCUUCUGCCCUCUCCCACUUCCCACGUCGCAACUGGGCUACCUGUCCGGCCCCACCCCGCAGAGCUACUCUGGCCUCCGCCUUCACACGCCUCCCUACGGUCUCUAUGGCUACACCUUCCCGCCCUCGCCCCGCCUAGCCGCCAGCCCGGACAAAAUGGGCGCCAUGGCCAACCAGCAAAACGCCCUGCUGGGUUCGUCCCCUAGCGGGACGCUCACGGACAGCCUUGGGGUGCUUGCCGCAGGACAGCAGGGCUUCUUGUUCGACUCUCGGACUUUGGGGCUGGCAGGUAGCCCAUCGGGCAGCGGAGGCUCGCAGGUCGCGGCCCACCUGGGCUGA